GGUGCGUUCGGCCCUCCUCCUGCCGCGGCCGCAGCUCUCGGGCUUUGUUGUGAAGGCUGCACGCCGGCAGCUUGCCCGCGGGGGAGGAGCGCGCAGAAGGCAUUCAAGGAGCUACUUUCUGAACGUGCCUCAUCCUGACCAUACCCAUUUCAGCUCUGAAAUGUUGGAGGAAAAACUGGAACUAGUGCCAGAUCAAACAACUUGAGAAGAACAAAUGGAGAACUUGUCUGAAGAAACCCACAACCUGGGACAGAAAGGAGAAGACUUCAGUGCAGAAUUUCAAUUUCAUCCAAAUUCCUCCAGAAAAGCGGAUUUUUUCAUCCAAGCAGAAGAUGAAGCGCUGAAACUUUCAGAUUUGUUAGUAACCAGUCAAGGAAGAUCUCCAAAUAUGUGUGCUCAGUUCAGUUCCAGUCCUGGAGAACCAAGUGGUGCUGUAGGAAGUAGAGGGAAAAUACUCCCUGAAUUUAUAUCUUCAAAGGAAGAUCCCACAGGUUUUGGUGGAAAGACACAAACUUCAUUCCUCUUAAAAGAAUUGGACACUCUAAGGGCCAAAAAUAAAAAGCUUCAAGAUGAGGUGUUGGAAAAGGACAAGGAGUUGAAGACAAUAAAACUGGACUUAGAACUGCAAGAGAGAGCUACAGAAGCUAAGAUUGCAGAAAAGAUUGCAGCUCUGGUUGAAGAAGUUUAUUCUGCUCAACGGGAACGUGACAAGGCUGUCAUGGCAAGGCUUAGGUUAGCCAACGAAGAGAGAGAUGAAGCAUUUCUACGAGUCCGGCGUUUAGAAGAGUCACUCAAAGAGCUAGAAAAUAUUAACCCUGAAGAAAAUGACAUGACAUUACAGGAAUUACUGAACAGAAUAAACAAUGCAGACACAGGGAUAGAUAUACUCAAGAAUGGAGCUAUAAUUCUGAAUCGAAUACACAGGACCAAAGAACGUAAAAAGAAAAUAAUAGCUGAGGAAAUGAACACAGUGAUAGAACAACGGGAUGCUGCUUUGUCUCAAUGCAAACGGUUAGAGCAGGAGCUUCAUCAUCUGAAAGAGCAGAACCAGACUUCAGCAAACAACACGAGACAUCUGACUGCUGAAAACAAUCAAGAACGUGCUCUGAAGGCAGAACUGAUAGCCCUGCAACAAGAAAAAGAAGACACUCUUCAGCAGUGCAGAAAGUUAGAAGAAGAAAUCCAGAGAUUGCAUGUACAUUACAGUUUACACAAACCUGUGUCUCAAGGAGUGAGCCUGAAUGACUGGCUUCACUGUGCUUUCAUUACUUCUGAAGGUGGCCUGAAAGACAGGGAGGACAUUGUGACCAUUACCUAUGGCCAGCUUAAGGACCUGGCAGCCCAGCUGCAGCAAUCUCAGUCUGAGCAGCAGGACACCGAGCUGAAGCUUCAGAAGGCCUUGGAGGCUUUGAAGGAGGCCAAUGAGAAGGUUCAGAGGUUGGAAAGGCUGGUGGACGUCCUGAGGAAGAAGGUUGGAGCAGGGACCAUUAGGACCGUGAUCUGAUUGAAAGCUUCAGUCUAAGGAAGCAUUCACAUCUGGUGACCAGGCUGCUUCAUUCAGCACUGUGUAAACACUAAAGCCUUAACUUAGCAAACAGUUGUUAGAAGUGGGACACUCCAGCGACAUUCCAAGCUGAGAUAAAAUCAAAUCAUAAAUGUUUAACUACUUUGCUGCUGAGUUCUGUGAUUUGUUGAAAUGUUUCACUGCAAACAUAUAUUUGUUUUUAAGCAGAUGCAUUGUGGCUCUGUGUACUAUGAAAAAUGAUGUAGAUGCUUAUUUUAACAGUCUGUUCCAUCAGUGUAACUAGACUACAGUCUGCUGCAAGCAAGGCACAGCUUUACCAUGUGUUCAAAUACCUCCAGCUUCAGGUGCAAAAUCCUGGAAAACAGCUUCAAAAUUUGAAUCCCUUGUGUUAUUUAUGAAACUGCAAACAGUCUGGUAUUUGUAUAUUAAAUACAGUAAUUGAUAAAGUAAGUUUGCGUUCAAGAAAUAGUUCUGUCCACUGUGUUGGAGAUUUUUUUCCUCUUUACUUACAGCCCAUUGCAGCUAAUAACCAUAGCUACAUCUAAAGGAAGGAUGCACUUAUAGCUUUAUACAACACUUGAAUAGCUGCUGGAGUACAUGGUAUUUUCAGCAUACCUUCUAAAGAAGUGUAUAGCUAGGUUUCACUGGAGGAACAACUGCAUAAAUAAUCAUAAAUCGCUGUGUGAAAGCCUUGAGACAUUGUGGGGUAUCUCAGACAGUGGGGAAGGUUUCCUGGUUUGUUUUCGGUUACUCCUCUGUCCUUCCCUAUAGGGUAAAUCCUUCAGAUGUUCAGAAAUCACCUUACAGUCAAAACGCAUCUAUUUGUUGUAAGGUGAGUGGCUCAGACAUUUCCUGCAAGAAUGUUUUCCCAGCUUUAUUUUGACCUCUGAUUGCUCUGCAAUGCAGGAGUACCAUCCGGGUUGGAUUUGGGGCCAGAAUGCCAGCCCUCUGCUUUGCUGACUCCCAAAGUGCCCUGGGAGAGAACUUGAAGGCUGAAGGACAAAAUCAUACAAAGAGGAAAGAAACAGAGGAGUGGGGAGGAAAAUUGCAGGUACACAGUCAUUGUAGACAUUACCCAAAGAUAUAGGAGAGUUGGCCCUAGAUGUAUAUUUGGGAACCAAAUAUCUCCAUGUACUCUGCAUAUUUUUAUCACACAAGCAAAUGCGAACUAAAGAGUCAGUUCAAGGCAGCUGCCCAACAAAUCUGGCCCCUUGCAGGGAAAUGAGUAGCAUUCCUUCAAGCCAAAUUUAUCCAGGGUCACUUCAGAAACUCCUGAAGAGCUCCUUUUUGACCUUUGUUCAAUCCUGAGAUAGCCAGUGAGACUGAAGUCUCUCCACAUGUAUUCAGUGGGAUGAAAGUUUCAUGCUUCCAGUCCAGAAGCCCAUCAACCCAGCACCCAGCCCCUUCCAACUCUCUAGAGUGCUCCCAUUCUGCAUUCAGACAACUCAAUGCUCUUUUUUCCAUUGUCUUCAUUGAACCUUGGAUCACUAAUUGAAAGAAAAGAUCACCUGAGCUGUCAGCACUGUUGAACCAGUUCUGCUUGAGGAAAUGGUAUAACCUAGUUUUUCUACUACAAAAACAUCGAACAGCCAUUCCUGUUUGUACCAUUUUUUCAUCCCUUAUGAUUUUAUGUAUUUUUCAUCAUUCAAUCAUCCACCUUCCAGACAGAAGACCAAGUCUCUCAUAGAGGAGCUGUCUCAUGUUUUCAACUUGCCUUGUCAUGCUGAUCUAUUUCUUUUCUAGUUCUUCGGUGUUUUUACCAAGAUAGAGCAGGAUUUGUGCAUGGUAUUCAAGCUGUGACUUUAACAGAUGUCAUAAUUAUGUUUUCUGUUUUAUUCUUCAAGCUAUUUGUAAUUGUUUAAGCAUUAGAAUUUCUUUAGGAAAGCUUGUGUCUUUUAAGUUAGUACUUGUAUAAUAAUAAUAACUUUAGAUCUUAUUCUUCAGUUAUAAUAUCCAGUUCAGGAUUCAUCAUGGGGUGUACAAGAUCAGAACAGAUCAAAACCAUUUUCUGAACGUUCAGCUGCUGUAUUACUAUGCAUUCCCUGACUGAUUACCACUUGUUCCUAUUCCACAGCUCAUCCUUAGCAAUGAUAUUUCUUUAGGAAAUAUCAUUUAUCUCCAGAUUAUCCCCUUUUUCAAGGCAAUUUCUAAUGGCCUUGAAAUAAGUUGAACAGCAUGGUGUCUGACAAAGAUUCCUAUAGGACAGUAAGUUAGUUUAUAUUCACUGUGAAAAUGAUACAUUUAUUGUUAGCUGUUGUUUCGAGCUAACUUUUAACUACAUAUUUUUCCGUGUGAAGAUUUUCCAUCUUACUCCUUUGGCAACUGUAUUGAGGGAGCUUGUUUGUUGCUUGGGAAAUGCAAGUUUACUUAAUCACGGCUUGUUUUCUAUGCAUGAAUGUGCUAGGUUCUUCCUCCCCAUGUGUAUCAGAAUUUCUCACCUUGCCCCAAAUCCUUCCUCCUCUGAGCCAAUUACUGUGUGAGUGCAGGCUCUGUAUAGCACAGCUGUUGGCCCUCCCUCCCCUUGCGUCAGCUGGCUUUGUUUAGGAACGUAGCAUCAGCAUACUUCUUAUUGUGGGUGUUACUUGAUUAUGUACAUCUAUAUGGUAAAUUUGCUACAUUAUUUUCUUUUUGACAUGUUAUACCUAAGAUAAAAAAAUAUUUCCCGAUUCUGUCUUACAUCUUGUACCAAGUGACCAUGAGAUGUAAUGAGCUUUUAAGUUAGCUUUUUUUUUAUAUCACCCUGCACAUGUAACUUUGAAUCAUAAUUAAAUUAGGCAUCAGUUUUUAAAAUUCAGAUAGAAAAGUUUGUUUUCUUUUGGAAAAAGCCUUGGGAAAUUGGCUGUGCUGGGAGGUGAAGAUUCUGAAGCAGUUGGGCUCUGUCUCCUCCUUGCUCAUAUCAUGGUGUGUGGUCCUCAACAAAUCCUGCAGUGACUGUUGUAAAAGGCAUGAAGACCCUCAAGAGGCCCACGGGCACCCUGGGGGGGAUCUCAGGCACCUCUGUGGGUUAAUGGCAAAACACUUUCACUUCUUCACCCGCUGUAGUGAAUGACAAAGGUUGGGCAGUUCCAGAAAUAGAGGCCCAGCCUUUGGUGCCUUCAGGUGGAUUUCUGGCCUCAGUGAACUCAGUCUGAGUUUUGUCUUUCAGUGUAAUGAGGGCAGGAACUCUGAUCUGACAUGUAGAAAUAGGCAAUAAUGAUAACACAGAUAAAUUGGCUUUUGUUGUGCAGUUUAUUCAGUGAGAAGUGAUUGAUGUCUGUGAAAUGUUCUGAAGGCAGAGAAAGCCUGCUCUAUAUAGCAGAUAUGGAGAAGUCACUUCUGUCCUAACUUGUGGAGAAAGAUGAGCUUGCAUCAGAUUAAGUAACAGAAAUAGCAGUUUGUUUUCCUCCCGGUGAUGAAAGAUGGCUCACCAUGGGCAAUACUUAUGGUGACAGUUGUAAUUACUGGUCAAAUUAGUGUCCCUGUUGUUUUGAAGAGCACUGAGAUAUUCAGGAAUACUCAACCCCUGUGAGAUUUCCUGUGUUUCUCUUGAUGAUCCUGCAGCAUGCUUGCAUUGGGAGCCAUUUCUGCAAUAUGCCAGGGUAAAAUAUGUAAAUAGCAUCAUGUUGGCUUGGGAUAAAAGCGUUAUUAAUGCUUUUCGGCACUGUAAUUAUAUUCAUAGUAAGCCUUCCCUAAGCCCACACUAAUUAACAAUAUUAUGACAAAUCAACUUUAACAGAAAAGAACUGUGAACCUUUAGUCAUUUAGUACUGUUUUCAUUCAGCCCAUAACCCAAAAUCAGUAGUGUGGUUUUCUGCACGAGUGCCAGAAAAACUACUGAUACUUGCAAAGUUCAGAGCCAGAUCAGUCAUGUUUGCAGAAUCCCAGAGAUGAAGUCAGUUUGAUUCUGCUUUAAAUAUGUUCACAAUAAAGCAAGAUUCACUAGUUAACCAUUAAUAUAGGGGAACAUGAAAACAGCUCUUAUGAAUAAGCCAUCAUAUUUAAAUAGUUUAGUAAAGUCAUUAUGUUGUCACUGGCAUACUUGUUUAUCUAUUUAUUCCAAAUCACAGGACACUUUACAGAUAUUCACCUUAAUUUUCAAAUUAAAUGGCUUUAUAAAUUUUCUUAUCAAGUGAUCAAGAAUUAUAACAUCCUUAAUCCAUGUACACAAAUGAACUUGCUAUCUAAAUGUCAAGAUUCUUCUGUGCUAUUAUUUUCUUCAUUUAGAACACUUCCUGAUGAAGGCUGCUAGCAUUUUUUUCUUCUUCUUUUUAAUUUGUGUGCCACAAGAUUUUUGUCACAUGCAGGAAUAAGCUGCAAGACACAUUAAGUCUCUCACUGACAGUUUCUCUCAUAUUGAUCUCACUAUGAUCACAGUGUUAUGCUGACUAUUAUUAUUGUACCAUUUCACAUCAGGUCUACAGAGCUGGACUUCCCUUGUUUGUUUUUCUCAUGCAUUGGUAAAUAAAAUGCAUUCACGAGUCCAAAAAACAAAGUGGUGUUCUCAUAUUAGGUUGAUUAUAAGUCAGCUGUUGAGCUUCACUGGUCUAAACAUUUCAUUCUUCAGUUUUGUUGGGAGCACACGUGUUCUGGGAGGCUUUUAAACAAAUGCUUGAAAUGGUUGAAAGAUUUACAUUGCUGGUGCCUAGCUAAAUAUGUAGUCUUUAGAAAA